AGUUGUUUCAGAUACUUCAUGUGCAGUCAAUGUUUUAUACAGUCUAUGGGCCCGAUUCAUGGAUGGACGGAUUCUUUCCGAGAGCCCUUGAAGGUAGCAUCAUCACCAACACCCCUCUGCCACACGGUGACGUCACCUUACAGCCAGACGGACAGCGGGGAGCUUCGGGCAGAGAGACAUUGUUGACGUUUUGUUUUGAUCGCUUUUGUCUGGAGUUUUGGACAUCACGCCGACAUUAUCCGCUGAUUUAGCAGCCCGCUUUUCGACGCUACCAUCACGCCUCAGAGCGGGGAUCCAGCAAAGAUGAAAUGGAUGUUUAAAGAGGACCAUUCCCUCGGUAAAGAGCACCGAUGUGUGGAGUCAGCCAAAAUACGCAACAAAUAUCCUGACAGAGUACCGGUGAUAGUGGAGAAGGUUUCUGGCUCUCAGAUAGUGGACAUUGAUAAGAGGAAGUACCUGGUGCCCUCUGACAUCACAGUGGCCCAGUUCAUGUGGAUUAUCAGGAAACGCAUCCAGCUGCCUUCAGAGAAAGCCAUCUUCCUCUUCGUCGACAAAACUGUCCCCCAAUCCAGUCUGACUAUGGGCCAGCUGUACGACAAGGAGAAGGACGAGGACGGCUUUCUGUACGUGGCCUACAGCGGGGAAAACACCUUUGGUUACAAGGCCUUUUAUACAACACAGGAUUAAUGCUUCACUGAAAACCAGUGUCUCACACACACAACACACACACACGCACACAAACACACACUGACACUGUAGGGCCCAACAUAUACUGUAUACUGGUGCACAUUGGCCUUCAUGUGUUAAGUAAUGCAUCUACACACUUGACACAGUCAUUUAUGGUCAAUUUUUAUACUAAAAAUACACAUUUAUGAUGACAAUUAACUAAAAUGCUACAAUUAACAAACUUGUUCAGAUUUUUUGACAGGCUCAGAUGAUCAUUAGUGUCAAGAAAUGCUUGACUUUAAUGGUUGGUCUUUUUGUCGUUAUUGCUGUUUAAAGGUCAGUUGUGGAGAGAAAUAUCUUUAACACUGCCGUAAAAUAACAAUAACAAUCGCCACACAUUACAGGCACGUCAGAUAUCAUUAAUUUUCCAAGUAUUGACAUUAGUGUUAGAUUUAAGAAACUCCUUUAGGCUCUGACACGUGCCAAUCAUCCAUACUUUACCCGAUCAUGCUACAUUUUCUUCAGUCCAGCUUUGUUGUCACAGAUAUUUGUGUUCAUUUGACGUGAGAAAGAAACCCUAUAAUCAUGUGACUAGAAUCAUUAACCACAAUAUGGAUGUAUUUGUAUGGCUCAUAAUAUCAUGUAUAAAAAUUUCAGUAUGUAACUUUAAUUCCACAGGUACACUCAGCACUACGAUAGGCUAUGAGAACGACUAUAAGGAAAUGAAAGAAGGCAGCUCAUGCUACUGAGAUGGUGAAUGAUGGUGGAUGACUAUAAGCUGGUAAGGAGGCAGCCAGUGUAAAGUGUGUCCAGCUCAGGGCCAGGGACCAGCACCAGUCCCUGGGGUGUUCCUGAGUGCUUCCCAGCCUGGCUAUUAUGUAUUUGCACUUUAUGUUGGCUGAAUAGAUGUCAGCACCACCCAGGAUUCAGACUUGUGAUGCCAACAGCAAGUCAUGGACCUCAGUGAACUGCUAAAGAAAUCCAACACUUUACUUGAAGUUUAUUGUGUCGAACUGUGAUAUUUUUAUGUUGUCAUCACAGGGCAACAAUCUGAAAAUUACAAACACUUAACAGGAAAACUCACAUAGUUAAUCUUAUAUUAUCAGUCUGUGACAUCCUGUCCAAGAUAAUAUUCAGUGAUGAAGUGUUGCACUUAACCUUUCUCCCUCAACCUGCGUCAUCUACCUCUACAUCAGUUUUUGGUUUCCUACACUCCCCAUAAUGCCUUUCGACAACCUCAGACAUUUUGACUUGACAGACACAGGUGUAACUAAUAAUAUUCAUAAUGACUGCAUUUCAUUUAGGUGUUCAGUUGUAGGUCACUUGAAUCAGUGACAUGGAUCCAGACACACCUUAAUGGAAUAGAACCGUCAUUAAUGUUAUAAAUUACAUCUGUGCUUUCCCUGCUAUGACAAGUCAAAAUGAAUUGUUUUUAUAUUAGCCACGGAUCACAUGACUGUGUAAUGUGUAAAGGGUCACUCGAAGUGAUGAACCCACAGAGAAUUUCUAUCUUACUGUACAGUCCCCCUCAGCUCUGCAGAGCUUUUAAGUUGGUAUCAGCUCAUUGUUUUGGUCUUCUUAUCAAAAAAGGUCUAAUAAACCCACUGGACAAUACCUGCUCAGCACCAAACAGCAGACAGACACAGUUAGAGACUAGCUAGUGUACUUAGUCGAAUAUUUAGUAGCUAAGGAGACAGAUAGUUGGUGGAGACCAAAACAGAGGCAAAAGGAGCGUGUAUAUUGGAUUUAAGUUCCAUCAGAUUGACACUAACAAGACUUCAAAUGGAUUACACCCUAAUUAUCAUGAACUGGGCUAACAAGCUACAAGCAAUAUGUUUGUCCUUUCUCUGGAGUUUUUUAAAGGCAUUCUGGAAAAUGUAAGAAGUCAUUGCAGCAAAAGUAGAGCAAGCAGGUCACCAAAACAACUGUUUACACCCCACUGUGAAUACAGCCAAGGAGGCUACUGCACUGCGUUCAAGUUCAGCUUGUCUGCUACUGCUAAUACACUGUGAGCCAUCAGCACAUUACAAACAGGAUAAUAACAUCAGAAACAUUAUUAUGACAUGUAUUAUAUUUCCUCAUGUUCCUGGAAUGAGUGUCAUGAGAUUGUCCCCGCCGAUUAUAUCUUGUUCAAAUUUUAAUGAUUAAAAGACACAAGGCUCUAAUCGGAAAUUUGGUUAUAAAAAUCCCUGAAAGUGUAUUUUUGGUGUUUACACUCUUGUUAAUGAUUAAAUCCACAUAUUUAACGUGCUUACAAUGAACCCUGUGUUUAUAAGGACCACGGUAAGAAUAUACAGCACUGUAAUUCACGUCUCCAAUACUUCAAGUAAAGAGUUGCUCAGGUCUUUGGCUGUGCGGGUUUAGAGUUAUAAAAUCAGAACUAGUUAUCUUUCUUCCCUUCACUCAGAUGACUCUGAAGCUGACAUUUUGCAGCUGUAGUUUUUGGUGCUGAAUCAGAGUAAGACAUCCGGUGUAUUUCCACCCUUUACUGGACCCAUUAUUCAUAUUUGUGUACCACAAAGCUGGUUCAUGCUUAUAGACAUGGUAUGUAGAUGUGUAAUAUAUUGAUGGAAUGCUAUAUAUCCAGUAUUGUUUUAUUUCAUCAUUGUUGUAUGAUUGUUAAAAAUAUCUUAAAGACAUAAAGGAAUUUUAGAUAUUUGAAAAAGGUAAGGUAGCUGGAAGACCUGACCAAUAAAAAUGUAUGUGAAAUUAA